AUGAACGUCGAACUACUAACGAAGCUUUCGGGUGAAGACAUGUCAAUGACUUUUAAAACAGAUGAAGCCAUUCACGAACCUUUUGAUGUCUGGUAUAGAUCUGGAACAAUAGUUGAUUUGUCUUGCAAACUAUCAGCUAAAAUACUUCAAGAGAAAAUUCUAGUUGCUGAUAUUAAAAGAAUCGCCAUGUGUAUAGAAUGUUCAGCAUCUAUCAACCGUCAAUUUAAUGUUUUACGUGAUUGGAUACUUUUUGAUAGUCGUGCAAGUUUGAAAGAUCAAGAUAAUGUUGGAUUUGCAUUGGAGAUAUUUGAACUGUUUAUGGAUCGAACUCGAAUAUUGCCUGAUUCUAGGGUGUAUUUAUUGACUAAAGUAAGUCAAGAUGUGUGGGAAAUAUGGGAUGGUUUUCGAUCAAAUAUCAAUGAAGAAGUUCGUGUAACAAAAAUCGGAACAGUGAUGGAAUUUAAUGUGAUAAUGAAUUAUUCAAAUCCAAAUAGACUUAAUUGGCAAAAAACUAUCAUAAAAUCAGCUGGAGUUAGGAACUAUGUGGUUGAAUAGGUAAUGCAACAGUUCUUGAUUCACAUAGUUUCAGGUAUGAUACUAGGUCACAAGUGACUCUGUUUGCUUAGCGACAGAUCAGUUCAACGAUUGGAGUCAUCAUCCUUCUCUAUGACAAUGGACUAAUCACCCGUUCCGGAGUAUCCAUGUUUAAGAAAAUUUCUCUUCGGAUAGCCUGAUAAAAGCCUUGAUAAACAAUAAAAACAA